UGUACAAAUAAGUCUGAAAAUUUGGAGAGAAAAAGAAAGAGAGAAGAUGGAGAAGAUAGCCCACAGGACGGUGGCGGUGAACGGGAUAAACAUGCAGGUGGCGGAGUCUGGGGAAGAGGGGCGGCCGUUGGUGCUCCUCCUCCACGGCUUCCCGGAGCUUUGGUACUCCUGGCGCCACCAGAUCGUCUUCCUCGCCGCCAGAGGCUACCGCGCGGUGGCACCGGACCUCCGUGGCUACGGCGACACCACUCGGGCCCCCAACGACGACCCAUCAAAGUUCACGGUGUUCCACGUCGUGGGGGACCUGGUGGCCCUCCUGGCGGCCGUAGCCCCGGGGAGUGCAGAGAAGGUGUUUGUGGUUGGGCAUGACUGGGGGGCAAUGAUUGCCUGGCAUCUGUGCCAGUUUAGGCCAGAUAGAGUGAGGGCUUUGGUGAACUAAGUUCAGAAUCAGGACAUGAAAGAAGAAGCAUAAAAGAAAGGAAAAGGG